AUGUCUGGACAAGAACAAGAAAUGAACCCGGUGUACAACCAAUCUUCACAGAAUACCGAUGAAGCGGACACAACGUCCUCACUUAUUUUCUUUAUACUUGGAUUCUUUUGUUAUUGCAUUUGGAUAGUUGCAUUCUGUAAGUUUAAAAACUCUGGAAAUGCUACAGCCAGAAUGUUUGGUAUCAUUUCAUUGGUAUUUUUCAUAAUCUCAAUAAUAUCAACCGUUAUUGCUGUUGUGGUGGUAAUACUUUACCUCAUAAUCUGGUUUGCUAUUAUCGGAACGGCCGGUAAUAAUGUUUACAAUUGA